AUGACCAGCAGCAGCACUGCAACCAGCACGUCAGCGAGCAGCACAAGUGGCAGCAGCACGAGCAGCGUCACUGUGACCAGCCUGUCAAUGACCAGCACAAGUGGCAGCAGCACGAGCAGCGUCACUGUGACCAGCGUGUCAAUGACCAGCAGCAGCACUGCAACCAGCACGUCAGCGAGCAGCACAAGUGGCAGCAGCACAAGCAGCGUCACUGUGACCAGCCUGUCGAUUAGCAACACAAGUGGCACCAGUACCAGCAGGACUCUGACCAGCAGCACUGAGAGCAGCAGCAGCAGCACAACAAGCACCUCAAGCGGCUCGUCCUCAGUGACUGGCUUGACAAAUAUUGCUUCCGAUACGAUCCAGAACAAUCUUUCGAACAGUGAAGUACCACUUCAGCUGAGCGGAUCGAUUUUGGCUUCGUUUUCAGAUCCAGGCGCAUUUGGGAACGAUCCGCUGGCUGCGGAGAAGGUCUUGAACCCGUUUCGUCUCACUAUUUCUCAGGUCGUGAGCAUACCAGCGAGCUACGUUUCCGUUUGGUACGUAAAGUCCCGGAGGGUCAGGGCCGCCACGCGACAGCUCAUUGGGGAUACCUUCGAGGUGGAAUUCAACAUCAACGUGCCCUCAGAUAGCGCUGCUGAUGUUCCAGAUGUUGUCGAUGCGGAGGCAUCCCUAACAUAUGUGAGUAUCAUAUUAUUUACGUCCUUGCUACAGGAUCACAUCGACUCGAUCUUCGGGGAGGGCGUGCAUUCAGUUUCCGUGCUUGAUAUCGCGGUGAUUGCCGUCGAUGUCACACAUGAUAUCCAGGCAGGGUCGAGCGAUUCUCGGAGUCCUCUUUUGUUAUUCGUCAUCGUUUGUGGGGCAUUAUGUUGUCUCGCUUGCCCAUUCACGAUCAUUCCGCUGCUUUCGCGCAGACGUCCACUAAGCGUGGACGUGGAGUGGAGCAUCGGUAGUGUGGAGCAUGAUAUGGAUGUUCUUUCGCUGUAG